ACAAUAAUUUAAGGUUUAAGGGUAAAUUCGACACAAUAGUUAGCUCAAUAAUUAAAUGUUAUGAGUGAAAAUUACUUUUUAUUGCCCUUUACAAUGCUCAAAUUGUAAAGUGCUAUAAAAACUUGAAUUUAUGCUUAAUGUUACUCUCAUAUCUAUAAAUUUAAAUAUAUUCUACUUAUUAGAACAUGGAUGAUUCUACAAAUUCAAGUGAGGAUUUUCCAAAUACUAGACGAAGUGUUGAUCAUUUACAUAUCGAUGACAAUCAGCUUGCUGUGUUUAUACUAUUGAAAAAUGAGAGAGCUAUAGAAAGGACAAUAGCUGUUCAUUGGAUCCAUUGGUAUCUUGAGAGUAAAUAUAGUGCAACUGCUGCAUUAUUUCAAGUUUUUGUUUCUGCUUUAGGAUAUGAUUACAAAAUACAAAUACCUGAAGAUGAAACAUUUAUACAGAGGCAUUUGAGUAGUACCAUUAAUGAUUUGGAACGUUUAUAUAAAAAUGAUCAACCUUAUUUAUUGGGAGAUGCAAAAAGAGGAUUAUUCAAAGAAAAAUAUUGCAAUAUGUUGAAAAAGAUAGUAAUCAUUGGACGAGACCACGUUAUAUUAGAUUCUUUUUUUAUGGAAAUUAUGAUUUAUUUUCUAGAUCUGUUGUCCAAAUCUUUCAUCAAAAAUCAUCGAAUUUUGUCUGUUAUAACAGCCCUAUCAAUAUAUACACCAAUGACUAGGAUAAGAUAUAAUUUGCUGAACAUGGAAACAUCAGAAUUAGAAACAUUAGGACUGCGAAUGAACAAAAUCUAUGAAAUUAUUAUCAAGCCCAAUAUGAAAUCUAUAGAAACAAAGGAUAUUCUGAAACUAUAUAUCUUGUCUAUAAAAAGGUGGUUUAUCUAUGAUAAAUUUAGUCUAACUUAUUGCAAAGUGUCUAAUUUGAAGUUCAUUCUUCGAACAACGUAUGCUCGUGACAAAAAUGUUAGAGCCACUGCAUUGAUUUUGUUAAAACAUAUAUAUCAAUUAUGUUCAAAAUCACAAAAUGCACAAGAAACUGAACUUAAAAAAUUUACUAAAGACAAAGCGGAUAAAAUUAUUAGAUUAUGCUUUCGAAGAGGUUCGAAUAUUCGAUCUUACGGGAUUGAAAUAACAAAACUGUCUUAUGCGAUGUUUCCUGAUAGUUUUUCACAAAAACAAUUGCAAUCAGUUUUUAAGUUAGUUUUUCAUUUGCAUCAAAAAGUUGCAAGAGCCGCAGGUUCUUUGUUUUGGUUUUAUAUAACACAGGAAUAUGAUAUUUUUUAUAUUCAGUAUCUAAUUUUAUUUUUAUUGGAACAUAAGAAUGUAGACAGGGACACUGAUUUGUUUGUGGAUGCUAUUUGGAGUGAAAUUUCAACUAAGGAUUACAGAAAAAUGGUGGAUUUAUUAAUAGAAAUGCUAAAUUAUUCUUAUGACAUCAGAGAUUUUAUUUCGAGAGAGGCAGUUGAAAUGUUGAAUGUGGAGUUUUCUGAACAGGCAAAGAUAACGCUAAUCGAAACAUUAUUGGAAAUACAUCUUCAAUAUAUACGAGAAGCUUCUACUGGACAGUGUCUGAGACAUACCUUGAAGAUGAAGGAAUUCACUGAACUUGAUUUGCUCGAAAUUCGACUAAAGAUGGACUUGGUAACUGAAACAUUGUAUGACAUUAUUUGUCCCAUUAUCGAAAGAAUGUUUCAGGUUAAUUCAAAAUGUGUAAUGAUGGUUUUGGAAAUACCUCAAUAUUUCAAUUAUAUGCUAUAUAAAAAUAAUGUGUCUUUUCUGGAAGAUCUCGUUAGUUUACUUUCACGCAUUUUAAACGAGCAGACAGAUGAACAUAUUUUGCAAGUAUGUUUGAAGACUAUCAAUAUUCUUCGAGAUUCUGAAAUUUGUGAUGUAUUCCCGAUUAUAAGAUUACUAGAUGAUGAUAUAUUAUUAUAUAAUGAACGACUCAAUAGUUAG